AUGAGUUUUUCGGUCACGUUCUCAGAGUUGGCCAACAUAGCUAUACCACAGUGUGGGGUGGUGAACUUCAAAGCCCUUCAUCUCCUGAUCCAGGGCAUCCUGGACCACAUCCAGAUCUCUGGGCUCAAGAAAGUUCUUUCAGGAGAUGAAGAUUUCCUUCAGACCUCACAGGUGGUGAUCAUGCCCAGGGAGGGAGAAGCCCAGACCAUCAUCAACCCCAUGAAGAGGCUCAGCAACAUCUUCGACACUGUGGUAGAACGCAUCAACAAGAUAGAGAAUCAAAUAUCUUCGAUGCAGACCAUGCCCACCACCACGUCUCUGCUGGAGGCCAGCCAGGGGACCAGCAGGCCCGCUGAGGAAAUGUGGAAUACGAUCAAGCUCCUCAAGAGGAUAGAGGCCAUUGAGGAAGUCACAGCAAAGUUUAUGAAGACCCUGCAGGAUUUGCUCAAUGACCUCUAUAUACUCAAGCGCACUGUUGAAACCCUCCAGAAGGAUGUGGACCUGAUGAAGUUUAUAUUUGGAAAGGUAAACCCAGAAAAAAUGGAGCUUAUUUGUGAAGACUUGAAAGUACAGAACCGGAAGUUGGGUGCCCUGCAGCGGGAAGUGGUUACCCUCCAGGACAAGGUUGGUGCUAUCCCCGAACCCAAAGACAUGGUGCUCUGGAGUGGCCUCCAUGAGGCCAUGUUCAGUCCGAGAUCUAAGGAGGAACUGGGGCAGUUUGAGGAUGAAGACCAUAUCGCACACCCCACGAAGACCUUCAUGCCUGUUGGAACCACAGGACCCCUUGAGAGACAGGAAUUCGCUCAGGCCGAUGAGUUUCGUGGCCCCCUGGGGCUACAGCAGACUCGGGGCCAGAUGUACAGGGCUCCUUUCCCAGCCAUGGAAGCUGGACCACAACACCAGGUUCCUAAAACAGGAACGCCGCUCUCAGAUCUUGAAGAAAGAGAUGAAUAUGAAUAUGGGUAUAUGGAACAGGUCCCUAGGGAUGGGGCGCCCCAGGAUGGGGUUCCCAAGGAAGAGGCUCCCCAGGAUGGGGUCACCAAGGAAGAGGCUCCCCAGGUUGGGGUCCCCAAGGAAAGGGCUCCCCAGGAUGGAGUCCCCAAGGAAGGGGCUCCCCAGGAUAGGGCUCCCAAGGAUAGGGUGCACCACCAUAGAGCCCACAGGCGCAGAGUCCCCAAAGAUGGUGCCCCCCAAGACAGCGCUUCCAAGGACACGGUCCACAAAGAUAAGGAACAGAAGGACAAGACCCCAGAAGCACAAUCAAAGCACUCUCUGUCGGCCCUAAAGAAGCUGAAGUCUGUUGCUUCAGUAGCUGCAGCAACUGCUGCGGCUUACGCAGCUGCAGCAAACACAGCCGCCCAGAGAGCCACAGCUGCUCUCAAGGCGAUCAAAGAUCCUGAAAGCAAAUUGGCUUCUUCAGCCUCAACCAUGGCGGCGGGUGGGCCUUUGGAGGCCUUUGCAGAUUUCCUGGGUUCAGGAACUAGCCCUGGGGCCACCGACAUCAUACCCUACAGUGAUGAUGAGCUGCAAGAGUUAGUUGAAACGCUGACACCAGCCACUCGCCCCACCACACCCAGAUCAGCUCUGUCCCAGGCCAUGGUGACUGCCAGCCAGGCUGUGAGUCCUGAAGAGAAGAAGGCGGCUGUCCAGUACUCUAUGAGCCACCUAGCCCAGAUGCCUGUCAGGCAUGACUCCCUCAAAGAGGAGCUUGUUCAUCUCUCAACCAAACUGAACCAGCGCUUAGAUUACCUAGCUAAAAUGGGAAGUUCUGGAAAGCUUGGUAAUGCAGUGAAUGUGCUGGAGGAAAAGAUUUGUAACCUCCAGAAAGCCAGGCUGGAGGAAGAAGAACUUGAGAGAAUUUGGGGCCACCAGAUAGAGACAAUGAAGAGUCACUACAUAGUGCUAGACAGGACAGUGGAAAAGCUCCAGAUUCGCAUGGAUGACUUCAAGACCCUCAAGGCUGAAAUCCAAAGGCUGGAUCUGAUUAAAGCUGAUAAAACCAUGAUGGAGCAGGAGCUGAGAGAAAAAGCUAACAGGGACGCCUUGGCAAGCAAGGCAAGCCGGACGGACCUGGAGGUGGUGGCGACGGAGCUGAAUGAGAUAGUUCAGAGCAUGCUCUUGAAGAUCACAACCCAGGAGGAUGACUGGAAGAAGUCGCUGAAGCAACUCAGGAAGGACCUGAACACUAAGAUAGUUCACAGUGAUCUGAAUAGCCUGAAGAAGGACAUAGAAGAAGUUUGGAAAACACUUCGAAAGCUUCUGAUAGAAGGCCUGCGAUUCGACCCUGACAGCGCUGCAGGCUUUAAAAAGAAACUGUUCGAGCGGGUGAAAUGCAUCUCCUGUGACCGGAAAAUAGAGAUGAUGACUGGCCCACACCUGAUCACCAUCCACAAUACCCAUUGGAAAGUACGGCCAGCCAGUGCCAACAGCUACGAGUAUCUGCAGCGGCAACUAAUGAGGGAACAACAGCAGCAAUUGCAUUACCAGAACUUUGGAGUCCAUGAGGAGGGUCUAGGCUCCCAGAAGGACUGGGGUGAUGGACCCCGAAAUGACACCACCUUCAAGCACAAGUCACAUGACCUGUCAACAAUCUACCCUUAUGGGGAUCCUGAGCUAAUGGACUAUGAUACUGCUGAGGUGGACAUCCUGGGAGUGGAUGGAGUCCUGUACAAAGGCCGAAUGAACAGCCAGUUUGGGACUCGGACUGGGGAGAAGGACCUGGCAGCUAUGAAGGUUUCAAGUCCCUCAGUUCAAAACAUGAAUGAUCGUGUGCGCUCUGGAUCCAUCCUUACUUCGAGCUACCCUCCCCUGGGCACCCGCACCAGCUCUGCCACCACCUAUCUACACUCACCAUCGGGUCAGCCGCCAUCCCUGUCACCAGUGCAGCAGCUACCACCACUGAUGCCACACUCAAGGGAUCCGCAGGAGGCCCCUGCAUCCACCAGGCACUUGAAAUCUCUGCGGCUGGAGUCCCUAACCAGCACACACACUAUGGAUGAACAACCCACCCAUGAGACACAAGUCCGUGACCCAACUACCAUGAGGUCCCCUUAACUCUAAGAAAGACCUGGGGCCCUGGAUCAGACCCAGAAAAUGGCGCAGGGACCCUGGAUAUAGGGGGAAGGAUCUGCAUUUG